AUGGCGGUUAGUAAAGGAUAUUACGAGGAGGAUUUUAAUGAAAACGUGGUUUUUGUUGUGCCAUGUUUUGAGAUGCAAAAAGGCUACGCUCGAUCAAAGAACAAAAAACACCUUCUCGAAGAUUUCGGAAAAGGCCUCAUCCGACCAUUCCACAACGAGUCCUGCUGGUGGUGCCAUUCGCCCGAGGAGCACCCCCACUGGUUGGAUAUCCCUCUCCGAAAAAGCGACCAGUCGAAAAUCGUCUUCAACGCGACAUGGAACAAGAAUUGGGAGCCAUUUUACAUUGGCUCAAAAGAUGUGCCACUUUUUGAUGAGAGAUUCAAACAAUAUGGCUUUGAUCGACAGCAGCAGAUUUGCGAGCUAUUCACUGCGGGGUAUACUUUUUCCGUGCUUGACGAUGCCUUUUUGGUUCACGAUGGCUGGAAAUUUCCUCACGCUGCCGCUCGAUUGGAAGAGACCUACAGAAAUUGGGUUUUGUUCAAUUUUCACUACCAGGAAUGGCUUCACUACUUUUCAAGUAGAUAA